UUGGAAUCAAAAUUUUCAAUUGUCAAUAUCAGCUGAUAAAUCUUGUUUACUACUACUAAUGCUGUCAUUUGUAAAAUUCCAAAUUUUAAUUACGGUAAAUGCUCAAGUUUGUAAGAAUCAUACUCAAUAUUUUUUGGUAUUAAGGUUAUAGUUUAAUUCUUUAAAAAAUACAUCUUGAAAUAAAUGGUGGAAGUAUAAUUUUAUUGUAGGACUGUUUUUCUGAAGUAUGCAACCAGAAGAUGCUAGGUACAUCAAGAGGAGAGUAAGAUCAGGCUCCAUUGAUGUGCAUCCUACAGAGUCUGCACUAAUUGUAAACUAUGAAUUGGAAGCAAUCAUUCUUGGAGAAUGUGGGGAACCAAUGGUCAGCGAGAAAAAGGAAUGCCAAAAGAUAAUUCGCCUCAAGAGGCUGGAUGUUGGAACAGACUGUGCUGCAUUGGCCCGAGAAGUAGUUCAAAAGUGCACACUAAUCCAUCCGUCGAAAACAGCAGAAGUGGAACAUCUGAUUUACUACUUGCAGAGUCGGAAAGAUAAUGCAUUUACAGAAAGUGUGGAAAGCUGGACGGAGAAGGAUUCUGGAUCUGAAAGCCCAUCACCUGCCCCCACACCCAGCGGUCAGCCUGCCAGCUUCACAAUGAUAGAGAGCUACAUGGAACUGCUCUACGAGGAUCUACCUGAUAAGACCAGAGGGUCAGCACUCAUACUCGAAUUGGCCAAGGAUCCCAACAACCUGGAAGAUUUAGCAAACAGCGAUGCUGUGCUUAGUGCCCUCGCUCGAGUAUUAAGAGAAGACUGGAAGAAGAAUCUGGAGCUGAGUACAAACAUUGUUUAUACAUUCUUCUGUUUCUCUACUUUCAGCCAGUUUCAUCCCAUCAUCCAACAGUACAAGGUAGGAUCGUUGUGUCUGGAGAUUGUGGAGUAUGAACUGAACCGCUUCGCACAGCUCAAGAAAGAGGUGGAGAGUCGCAGUGUUGCCACCCCACCCACUCCUCCCGUGUCUAGGCUACCCCUGCCUCGAAGUGCUCGAAGACCCAUCAAACAGCCAGCGGAGGAGAAGAAGAAAUCAAACCGGUGGUACAUGGUGUUUUAUUAA